GAAGACAAGCCGACAACAUCAGAUGUCUCGGGCUGGGACUACGUGUACAAGCGGCUGCAGAUAUAUGAUCUGGAGAUGAUCAAGGGAUACUCGGAGGAUAUCGAUAACCUCCUCAUUUUCGCUGGUCUGUUCUCUGCGGUCCUCACCGCGUUCCUGAUCGAAGUGUACACCCAGUUGCAGCCGGACAACACUCAGCUCUCCGUCCAACUGCUCUCGAAUAUUUCUCUCCAGCUGCAGCAGAUCUCUCUGAACCAAGCCGCCCCUGCGUCUAUCAAUCCGCUGAACAUGUCCUUUCAGGCCGAUUCCCACGUGGUCGCGAUCAACGCGCUUUGGUUCCUCAGCCUCAUCCUCGCGCUCGCCUCCGCUCUGCUCGGCAUAUUCGUGAAGCAAUGGCUUCGCGAGUAC